AUGCGUCGUGCAGCUAUUCAAGCGUUUCGUACUGCUCGUCGUGCACCAGUAUGGCGGGUCGGUGGUAGGAAACCGCCUGCGCUAUCGUUCACAAGCAGCCACUCUAGCCUCCGCCCCUACACCUCGGCCAGACAUCCUGCCUUUCUCUCCGCUUCCCUACAGUCUUCGAUGCAUCUACGGACAUUCUCUGUCGCAGUGAUAUCGACAGUAGUCGCCUCCGGGGCUUGGUAUGCUUAUCAGGGGGAUAGCUCCCAGCAGACGCCCGCCGCACCUGGAGCAUCAUCUUCUCAAUUCCGAUCAUUAACGUCAAGUGCCCUUGCUGAGGGCGCUGCUGAACCUACUCGCCGCGCACUUUUAGUAGAUAACGACCAGUUCUAUACCGCGACCCUCUCCGGAGAGCAGCCAUUGCACAAAAACACCGACGACUCCGAUCGUCGAGUUCUGGAGAUGCUGACCCCCGAGCAAGCGACGCAGAAGCUGAGGAAGAACGAGGAAUCGUAUUUGGUCAACCGGGGUAAAGGGGUUAUUCGCUAUGACAUCGUUCAGGUACCGAGUAAUUCCCCAAUUGAAGACGAUCAUGCGGAGAAGAUAGUCGAGGUGCCGGCAACCACAGCUGCGGCUAGCGAAGGGCAGUCCAGCAGCGACUGGAUGUUCUGGGCAGUGUUUGAUGGUCACUCUGGCUGGACAACUUCUGCUAAGCUGCGCAACGUACUCAUUUCCUACGUCGCUCGAGAACUAAACAGCACCUACAAGUCUGCGUCAUCCGACCCCUCGCUCCUAGUGCCAACAUCCGCGGCCGUUGAUGCCGCUAUCAAGCAGGGUUUUGUCCGGUUGGAUGACGAUAUUGUUCACAGCAGCGUCGACAAGGUCCUAAAAUCCAACUCGCGCCGCGCCGCCGCCGAAUUACUUGCCCCUGCUCUCUCAGGCUCCUGUGCUCUACUUGCAUUUUACGACUCACAAAACAAUGACCUGAAGGUUGCUUGCGCCGGCGACUCCCGGGCGGUUCUAGGCCGUCGCGGUGCGAACGGGAAAUGGUCAGCGACAGCACUUUCGGAAGAUCAAACUGGCGGUACGCCCUCCGAAAUGAAGCGACUGCGCGAAGAACACCCAGGCGAGCCCAAUGUGGUGCGUAAUGGCCGCAUUCUUGGCCAGCUAGAGCCCAGCCGCUCCUUCGGAGAUGCAUUCUACAAAUGGAGCAAGGAGACGCAGGAAAAGAUCAAGCGACAGUUCUUUGGUCGUACUCCGCACCCCUUACUAAAGACGCCGCCUUAUGUCACCGCUGAGCCCAUUAUCACGACUACAAAGAUCGAUCCCAGUCAAGGGGACUUUGUUGUCCUCGCGACCGACGGCCUCUGGGAAAUGCUGAGCAACGAAGAAGUUGUCGGUCUGGUCGGACAAUGGAUUGAAGAGCAGCAAACUGGAGCGGGCAACAAGAGCUGGGUAAAGAGCCUCUUCGGCUCCCAACAAAACCAGCUGCCUGUGGAAACACCGAAAGAGACAAGCACGGAUGGCCAGCGCCGCCCCAUCCGUCAACAGCAGUACGACAUUUCAGGUGCCGCCAGCCGCUUCGUUGUAGAGGACAAGAAUGCGGCCACACAUCUCGUCCGCAACGCAAUGGGUGGAAAGGACAAGGACAUGCUUUGCGCCUUGUUAACUCUUCCUAGUCCCUAUUCUCGGCGAUAUCGCGACGAUGUAACCGUUGAAGUCAUCUUCUUUGGUAGCAGCCCCGACAACCGCACAAUCUCAAUCAACGAAGAAGCCAGCGCAUCAGAAGAAAAGGUCAAGGCCAAACUUUGA